AUGUCGUAUGCGAACCCGCCCCUAAGCCCCAGCGGCGGGCCUGGUGGCGCACCCUCAAAACGCGACAAGCGACGCACCGCGCUCCAGGAGCGACUACAGGAACUGACAGGGCAGUUCAGCAACAACCGGGACAUCCAGUUCCGACAGCAGUUACAUGCACUCCAAUCGCGGGAGAGCAUCGCUGCGCUGAUCGAGGAGACGGUCGGUGGCGGCAGCAAGUUCGCAAAGGAAAUGGCCGGCCUUGCUGGCACCUGGUAUUCCAGGUUUGUGCAGCAGAUCAAUGAGAUCAAGGAGAACCGAGAUGCGGAGUUGGUCUCAACCAUGAAUCGCUACAACAACACCAUGGAACGGAACCGGCGAGACCGGAAUUUCCGGGUCCACCAGGCACAAGAAGAGUUCAAGCAUCUAUCCAGCACCCUCCGAGAGCGAUUGAUGCAGGUUAUCUCAGGCAAGCGCGCUCGCCUGAUGCGCGAAAAGGAGCAGCUCGACAUCGCCGAUACCAAUGCUUUGCUCCUCCACCCUAACCAGUUCAGUAUCACAAACCCUGCCAGCCCCGGCGGAAUUCACAGCAACCGCAAGACCAGACAUACUCGGCAUCGCGUUGAACUCGAAGACCUGGGCAACGGCGUGGUCACGGAGCUCAAGCGCAAGCGUAAAGCUCCCGAGGAGGACACUGGAUCUCCCGCGCGGGACGCGGGAGAUGCCACUCCUGCCAAGCGCCAAAAGGACCCUCUCAAGGAGCAGAUGGCCCCCACAUACACAAUCCAUUCCCUGUUCACCGACAAAGAGCUCCAGGCGCACGCUAACCAGGCGCACAUUGCGACUGUCCACUUCUUUUCUACCUCCAAGCGUCCGGACCAUGGAUCUGGCGCUGUCACCAAUGGCAACAAUACCGACGCCGAUGAUACUCCGGAGGGCACGGCCCGCGAAGACAACGGCACCCCGAGUGCAACCGACAUGAUGCGCACCGCCAGCCACAACUUCCACGCCACCCGUUCUACCCGCACCACCGCCGCGCACAGUGCUCUAAGCGCCCUUGCGGACCUGGCUGAUAAGCCUGCCACCCGCCCUAUAGUCCCAUACCAUGUCCUCACAAACCACCACGCGCGACCCAACGGCAGCGCACCCCCACUGACAUCAUUGAUGAACGAGGAAGUUGAUGACGACUUGGCUCGCAUCGCACGUCUUGCCAGCGCCAAACCGCGGGGUUGGAUCGAUAGAUCUCUUAUUGAACUCGUGGUUACGCCGUUUCCUUAUCCCGCGGAGACGCCCGAGGGCAAGCCGGCUAAUCCUGACAUUUUCAGCCAGCUCCACCCCGACUUCCCCCCUCACAUGGGCAUUCACUGGACUCCUACCGUUCCCAACCCUGGGUUCGAGAUGUUCCAGCCAGAGGCCUUGGCGCUGGAGCGGGACCGGAGUCGCAGACGUGCCCGCAACCACUAA